CUACCGAUAACCUACCCAAGAGCGCGGCAUUCAAAAAACAUCACCAAUAUAGGCUCAAGGGUUGCCGAGUACAUGGCGGAUGCUAGUUCAUCUAAUCCAGCGCCACGCAGGCGGUCGCGUGCUGGCUGCCAUACAUGUAAAACACGAAAAGUAAAAUGCCAGGGCACAAAUGGCCCGAGAUCCUCGUGCUCCAAUUGCCAACGACUUGGUUUCCAGUGUCGAUGGCUUGCUCCGGUCCCUGGUGAAGAGUAUGUCCCGCCUCCUAAGCGAAGGCGUGCGGUCGGCCAGCGCUCUCGCACGGAAGAGCCAGGCAAGAUCGGUAGUCCAAAAGAGAGUAGCAUUACGAGAGACGGUGAUACCGGGCUAUCUGCUGAGAUACCGCCGAGACCUGCUACAGAUAGCGCAGCCCAGCAGAGUCGCGUCUCUCAGAACCCCGUUGACGCGAUUGGUGACGUCGAUGGUCUCGCCUUUGAUGUCGACUUUGGCCUCUUGUACAAUUCGCUUGAUCUGCAUCUGGUGGGCGAAGGCCUGGAGUUUGUACCACUGCCUGCCAUAGAUACAUCAAGUCUACUAUACGACACCGACUCACCAACGGCGCAUUUUAGUUCUUGGCCGUCGCUAACCUUGACGCCGACUUUGAACUUAUCCGAGACAGUAACCGAAGAUGCUACGAUUACAGCUGCUUCCGAGUCUAGCAGUGGUGGCGAUGUGACUGAAGCCAUAGGCAGCACGUCUAUUGGUGCCAACAACCGCCAUCUCAUCCAGCAUUACUUGGACGUCAUGACUGGCUAUGCUAAGGUAGACGACAAUUCCAAAUACUCAAACAAUCUCUUCAUAUCCGCGUUUACCCAAUCACUACACUUUCCGCCUCUGUUUCAUGCCAUCCUGGCCUUUUCUGCGUCUCACCUUGCCUUGGACGACCCAUUAUACCUUGCCCAGGCCGCCUCCCUGUCACGACUUGCUGAAGAGUCAUUUGACAAGUUCCGACAGGCUGAAAACGUUGAGAUAGAUGGCUUGCUCUCAGCACUGUUUGUGCGUGCUAAGACCGUUCACAUGCUAGCCUCUGGCGUUGAUUCGUUUCUCAAGCUCAUCACAGCCGCUGUUGAAAUUGUCUCGACAAAGCGUGAUAAUGAAGCAGGUGCUGCUGAAAAAGACACAAUAUCGCCAUUGACAAAACGCAUUCUUGUGCGACUAGCGAUACUUGAUGGGCGCGCAUCGCUCCACCGUCUCGGUGGCGGGCAGCUCGUCAAUCUCCUCCGAACGAUGCCUACGUUUUCCUCGCUUUUUGCAAGACAUUCACCGCCCAUUGUGGUAACAGAGGAUUACGCGCUGCUUAACCUCCUUCGUGCAGGAAUUCUCCGCAUGCGAGUUGCAGACCUGGAUGUAAGACUGUACGAGCAGCUUACAAGCGAGGUUAUCACUCAGGCACCAGUACGGACAGACGAGAUUACAGCACUAUACAAGGAUAUUCAGCAGGAGAUUGACCGGUGGAAUGUUGCGAUGCAGUCAAAAUUGGACACUUCUGAAACCGAAAGUGCUCUAAUUGAGCAUCGCGUACUCAGCCCAACUGCAUACGGAUACUAUAUUGUACUCUCUGCCCUCCACUCGGCGCUACUUUACCUUUAUCUUGUUUAUCCACUAUCGUCGUUUGAUUUCAAUCAUUCCAUUUCCAAGGUAAUGAACUGCCAGUUGAAGAUCACGCAUGACCCGUCACGUACCGAAUCCCCAUCGUCUAUGCUGCCGUCCUCUCUCUUUAUCGCCGGAUUGACAACGUCUGAUCCCGUACACAUACACUGGAUACUGGAACUAUUUAGACACGCUGAGAAAUGGGGUGUGUACGUCAAAAAGGGGCGUGAGUUGCUCGAGGCAAUGCUGAGGCUACCAACGGGCACUGAUAUUUGUGAUACCAUGGAUAAGGUGACGGGCAGAUUCAUCAUCUAGAAAACUAGCCAGUAG